GUUCCGCACCAGUUUGCGAAAAAUGUUUGCUACCAUCCGGAUGGCCACGAUGCUGGCGAGGAGCCUUGACCCCUCAGUGGCAGCGCAGGACAUCAUCUCAGGGGUCUCAGGAAACUACGAGAAGAGCAUGGAGGAUUCAGCCGCUGCUGCUAAGGACAUGUCAAGGAACACCAACUCCGAUUACAGGUGAGAGAUAUUGGUGUGGAAUGGUUACAUGUCGCUCAGUGCUAUAGAAAAAAUGCAUUCUGGUUAUGCGAUCAACCCCGAAACCUUUCAUCGUUCUUCCUCUCUACUUCUUCAUUUGCUUGUUGUCGAUAGGCAGGGAUGGCCUCUGCUUGCCUCUGACUCCCGCUCGUGUAGGGGCAUUGCUUCGGACAUCAUUGGCACUGCCUACAUCAACGUCGUGGACGUUACAGGAAAAGUUGGGGCUGACGGGAAGCCUAUCUCUCAUGGCAUGUACGAGGACCCGCGCAUGAACUGCCCAGACGGCAUUGGAUGCGCCAACGCCUAAAUCAUGGCAAGAUCAAGAUUUGACAACUUGAAAGUUGUCCAAGGCGUUACAUAGCAACAGGCUUCGUUGGAUGACUGGAUCUCCUACUUUUUGAGGCCUCUGUGAUGGCGAUCCAUCCUUUUGUUUUUCGUUCUCAGCCCGCAUUAAAACUGUUACAGUAA